GUUCCUACAGCUGAAUUUUCGUCUGAUCCCUGAGCAACCGAAAAUUCGGUUGCACCAACAAAAUUUUUUUUUCCGUGUACAUCAGAUUCAUUCUCCCAUUUCGAGUGAAAAUAUUCGCCUGGCGAUUCAGAGCGGAGAAUUCGCUUUAUAUAAGUGAACAGAUAUUCGAAUUCGAGUGACUCGGCGGUUAUUCUAUUUUUUAAGGCCAAAGUGUCACUCCAAGAAAUUUGUAGAGUACGUUCGAUGAGAGUCGACUCCACGACCCAUGAACCUCCCCCGUUUCAUCGUCCUUGACGGUGGAGGUCCGGCAAGAGGGCUUAAUUGAAUUCCGCGCGCGCGACUUUUUCCGAUUCCAUUCGCGAUCAUCGUUUCGAUUUUAUCCAUUGUAACGUUCCCGCGCGUGUCCCGCCUGUGCCUCUUUGCGCCUCGGUCGCUUGCAACCGAGCGGUGAUUUCUAUCGGUCGAUCGAUCGAUCGUGAACUACUUGGCAGUCGCCACUUACUCGAUUCUGCACGGAGCCACUCGUCCCCUCGUUAUCGACGUUCGAAUUGCGCUUAUCUCCGCCGCUGGAGGGCAACGUUUCAGCUGUGAUGGUCGACUUCCGUUACCAGACGGUGUAUAGAAAAGCGCGCAGAAUCGGCGAGAUACUAGUAGAUAACCUUAUCGCUCCCUCCGCGGGACUCCAUGCGUUCAGACGAUCGUCGCGGCAAUUCGCAUCUGGAGAUCGCGUCGGGCCAUGGGCGCGUUUAAUUUUACCCACCGCCUCUUAGAAUAAUGAUAUUUGCGUUACAAUGCAUACAGAUGGAACGCGGAGUAUUUCUGGACGGUCGCCGUAAUUAUGUCGACGCGUCGCACGGAGGAAGCCGACUGUUCUUCGCGGUCGCGGUCGCAGCAACCACGAGGAAUCGGAAAUAGGCUACACUGAGAGAGAAAACAUAUUUAAAAAUAAGAAAUAUUUAUUCGGUGGGUGCUAAUGACAUAUUUACUUGCGCACGGAGAGAACGUUAUAGUUUUCUUCCAUAUAAAUUCUUUUUGAUUUUAGUGUUCCAGGAAUAGAUUGUCAGUAAGGUCUAUCUUGUUAAGAAACAUAAUAAGUUUUUCUAGAAGCGCAACAGAUCUCGCUGAAAACAUAAUAAGUGUUUUAAUUAAUUUUUCUCUAAAAAGUCCAGAUAUAUGAAUCGAAUAUUAUAAUAUUUUAAAAUGAAAAUUAUAAAAUUCUGCAUACCGUCAUUCUUUUUAAACGUAAAGUUAGAGGUGCAAAUGGAAAUUUAUAUUAUUUAGAUUCCCCUAGAACAAUUCUAUACUGGUCAAAUCUCAGAAUCGAUGCGAAACACUUCGGGACCUUCCCUUCUAAGUGUAGAUCCGUCGGCGAAAAAUAGAUCGCGCGCGCUGUAUCCGAAGGGGUUGACGCGGCGGAGGUUGGACGCCGCGGAAGCCGUCUGAAACGUCUGGGCCGCGGGGAUGAAAGUACGGGAUCGCGAGUUUAUACAGAUAGCCAGCGGAUAUGAGAGGAACAGGGUCGGACCGUGGUCGGUUCGUUAUUACCCGAUUAUCGCUGUUACCGGACUAAUCUCGCCGCGGCAACCCCGCAGCAGCAGCAGCAGCAGCGGCAACAACAGCGGCGAGGCACCGGCAGCAACAAGCAGCAGCAACAGCUUUUGCACUUAGCACUUACGUGGCCGGUAUUAUGUGGCAAUAACGAGCGACCCCCAUCACGUAACCCCACUUAAGAGCCGAGUUUGCCGCCGCGCGGGCAAGGGAAGGGAGAAAGAAAGGGAAAAAUGAAAGUGCCUCGACCUCCACCCAUCGUUACCGGCCAUCCACGUCGGCAUAACGGACGUUUAACCCCCUUUCCCCUUUCUCCGAGCUCGCGAGCCGCGUGCACUCACGGUUGACCGUGAACAACCGCGGGGCUAAUAGAAAAUACACACCGCCGCGCCGUCGCUCCCCGUGUAAGCCUUGUCCCCCGUCUCUUCCUCAUCAUCAUCCUCCUCCUCCUCCUCCUCCUCCGCCUGCGCUCGCUCGUAUCCCUCUUUAUUAAUAUCGACGUUUCGUGCGAUACCGACAUUAAUCGCGCAAUCGGGCUCUUUCUCCUCGUGGUUCGAGUGCACGCGUAUCAUACCGGCGGCCACGGUGCCGCUCUCGGCCCGGCUCUUCUCUAUCACGCGAGUUCGAUCGGCUUCUAAGGACUUCCUCGAUGGGACAGGGGUGGGCGCGCUCGAUAUUGUAUAAUUUCGCGAGAUCACGACGCGAGAGAGAGAGAGAGAGAGAGAGAGAGAGAGAGAGAGAGAGAGAGAGAGAGAGAGAGAGAGAGAGAGAAAGAGAGAGAAAAAGAGAGAUCGCAACAAGAUAGGAAGUGAUUGCUUGAGAAACGCGCGCGGAAAAUAUGCACACUCAUAAGGGAUGCAAUCUUUACAAGUUGCGACUACUAAAAUUGCUGUGAGAUUUACGUAUACUUGUCUCUAAGUCUGGGCAGUAAUAAUAAAUAUUAAUUUUAAUUAUAUACGGUAAAUUGCGCGCCGUGGCGCGGUUGAACGCGACGCGAUAUGCUAUCAUACGUAGUAAAUUUUUAGAAUAGCGAUACGCGUCCGCGUUUCAGCAAGAAGUCGCCUCAUAUUGUCCGUGAUGGUGCGGUAUUCUCUAAACUGUUGCGCGAGCUAAUCGACGUGGGCGCGGUCGACAGCGCGCUCGAAAAUGGAUUGAGGAUGCGAGUGAAAGAGAUAAAGAGAGAGAGGGAGAGUACGGAGAGAGAAGAUGUCGCGUAGCUUCGAAUUAUCACCGUGGAUAAUUGCUCGGGCGAGAGCGAGUUAGCGGUACAUGAGUCCCGAGAUGACGGCGGCGGAGUGCCUCGCCGUCGCUGCAUACCAACUUAAAUAGCCUGGCGCUUUAUAGAUGCCCAUUAAUAAACUUCAUUAUGCUCCUGCGCUUAAUUGAUUAAUGAGAAAUUACGAGACGGCGCGGAGCUGUGUGCAGAAAACGACGGGGGUGUAUGACGGGCGUUCCCGCGAGGGAUAACCCGGCCUGGCCUAGCGUGGCUUGAAAAACGAGGGAAACCGCGUUAAUUAAAUCCACAAUGUAAUCUCGCUUCCAAGGUUCCGCCUGUAUUUCUGCGCCGUGUUUCUCCUUUUUCUUGUUGUUGCUUCUUUUUCCCCCUCCCUUUCUCUCUCUCUCUCUCUCUCUCUUUCAUUCUUUCUCUCCCCACACAUCGUGUGCAUUAAUAUUUUUCGCGCGAAAACCGUGCGCGCGCGAGGUAGAAAACGCGCGAUAAUUAACCAACCGUAGGCGCCGCAGCGGUCGCGCCUAUCAUUUUUGCUCGGCGCUAUUGUUACGCAAAAUGCAAUAUAGCGGAGUAAUCAGAACUUGCAAGAACGCUGCGGUACUUUCUCGCACGGCGUGUACGCUAUGCAACGAGCGGUAUUAGUCGUUUUUUUUCUUUUUCCGAUUGCGUUUCCCGGUGGAAAAGGAGGAUUGAGGAGGUGAGGUAGAGGAAGUGGAGGAAGCGGAGGAUCGUAUCCCCGUGAGCGAGUGCGCGCGAGUCCUCGCAUUCCCUGGAGAUUAACGGCGGCGUAAGAUCGAAUCCCGGUAGUAUCGGCAAACAGUUUCCCACUAUUAAGCGCAAGAUCUCCCGCUAUGACUCCACGAUCUAGCGAUACCUGGUCGGGAGUAACUUCCGGUAUUUUUGCGACGCGCGAGUACCUGCCUAUAGCGUGCCUCCACGCCCUUUAAUUAUCCGCAGCUUGACGCCGAGUAGUUACAGCGGAUAGUAACGUUGUCAUUAUGACUGUGAAGAGCGAACGAGGCUACCGUGCCCUCCUCCUCCUCCUCCUCCUCCUGCUUUAUCUCUCCCCUGCUUCUUAUUCUGCUCCUUCUCCUUCUUCUUAUUGCUCCUCGCGGCUCCUUCUCCUCUCACGACGAUAUAGAGGUCGUGGCGUUUUAAAGCGGCGAGAGAGUCAUUGUCCAGCACCCGGUUCAAGAUCCGUUCCGCGAAACGCACGGCACUCCGUCACCGUUCGCUUCACGAUCGGCUCCGGGGCAUCGCACCCCAGGUAGAAACGUAAAACCGGGGGUUAAAAGGGAUCUAGACAGUUUUACCCUGCUUCUAUCAAGAUCCUGUAAACAUGGGUCCAUUUAGAUCCUACACGUAACGCUCUUACAAAUGAGCGCUUAGAUUGGUAAAUCUGAUUAGAUCUUAGGUAUUAGAUCCUAUCUUUUGAUAUCUUUGCCUACCUGGAUCAUAACCGAAAUGAUCAUGAAUUGAGAUCCUAUUAAGAUACAAAUAAAAACCUUCCUUAACAUGCUUAUUAAGAGCAUUAUAAUUCAAGUUUCAUGUUGGAAAAUAUGUACAUGCUUCAUUUGUCUCUUUAAGACUUCACUGAGAGGAAUUGCACCAUGUGCAGGAAUUGGCUAAUUUCUCUGGAUUCCAUUAGUACAAACUUCGUUUGGAGCGCCCACGUCAUCAUCAAUUCAUGACCUGUUCACCAAAUUCCAUUCAAAAUUUCCCUUUCUCAACCAUAUCUGGGCCUUACGAAGGCAUUCCUAUCUCAUGGCAUCUCUCUGGCUACGACCCACCACAUUCCCAAGGCCCGUCCCAAUUAAUUUCUACCCGGGACGGUGCAGCUGAAGCUGUCGGGACUUGUUGCCGACAUCCUGUAUGCGCGGCCUAUUGUCACGGGCGAACGUGGCGCAUUCGUUGGGCGAUACGAGUCCGCACUGUGGCGGAAAAAUUCAUUCGCUCGCUCGCUCGCUACGAAAUUCGGAUAACUCUAUCGGCCGACCUCGCCUAGAACCCAUUACUUUAUCAGCGGCAAUAAAAGCGUCGCCUUACUAACAUCCUAGCCAUAAAGUGACGUUAAGUACGCCGGUACAGGCUUCGAGUGCUCCGACAAGGAGCCCCCGACUCGUGCGCGGCUCCCCUGAAUCCUUUGUUCGCGAUCGGGCGCGCUGCGGCUUUACGACCGCGAACCUCGACGAUACCGACGGGUUUGCUUUCUCACUUCGUUGUGUAUAUCGUAGCUGGAGUACACGACAAUAUGUCAGCCGCGCGAAAAGCACAGACGCGAAAGCGUCGUUGAAACAAUGAUGGCAGGUGGGCGCGACGCGUCCAGGACGAUCCUUCAUCGAAGGACCGCGCGCGGCACUCGUGGGCGUCCUAAUAGCUUUUAAUGCCGCGCCAACUUGAUUUAGGUGCACGCACCGGCCGCAGAUUCGCACAAAGGAUCUCCACGGUGCACUGACCGUCCUUUCGAGAGAGAGAGAGAGAGAGAGAGAGAGAGAGAGAGAGAGAGAGAGAGAGGCAGAGGAGAAGGGGAGAGAAAGAGAGACCCAGACUCUCUCGACGGACCCGCGCGCGCCCUUGAAAUUCCUCCCGCGAAUACCUGCGGCAGCUUUCGGCCGCGCGCAUAAAGUAAGAUAAAGCUCUAUAAAACGUGUGUGACUUUUUCCGAUUGUCCGAGGGCGACAGAGCCGUCCUGGAGCGGAUUUUACGCGCGCACUCGUAAUUCCCGCGGCGAUCGCGACUUUAGCUCGCGCGUGAGUUUUUAAACGGUUUUAUGGAACCCUUUAAUUCGCGAAUACGACCGGCGCGGGUCUCUUUCUUCCGUUCGUUCUUCCUCUUUUUCUCGCUCUCUCACUUUCUUUCCGGCGGGGUCUCUAACCGACCGGAUCGUCAUCGCGCUCGACUAACUGGUCGACCAGGACCAGAUUCUUACCGCGAAACCGCCGCGUCUGAGCUUGAAGUCUUAUUUUUCUAAGAAACGCUCGUCCUUUACUGUCAACUUGGUAGCCUUUAGAGCCUGUCGUCGGGUCAAUGGCUGCAGACGAAAUAGAAAACGAAAUUAAUGAUUCUUUUGAGAAACUUGUUCAAAUUUUUCAACGAUGAGAGAAGGGAUUAUUAUUAACACUGCAACUACCGUUGAUUGUUCCGUAUUUCGUGUAGAGUAAAAUUUCGCUCGAAUUCGAGUGAUUCUUCAAUCGUGUAGAGUGAAUCAUCCAGUGAAUAUUUUCACUCGAAAUUGGAGAAUAGAUCUGAUUUAUUCUAUUGUCGCAUGAACAAAUUUACUAUAAUCGAUUGAGAUACUCGCCGAUAUGGAGUCGGAGUCUACUCUAACAUUGAUGAGAACAUUCACUUUUGUGAUUUCAAGCGGUAGUAAUUCCACUAUUGCUCCGAGUGAGCUUUUCACUCGUUUUGAGUGAGAUUUCACUUCAAGAAAUUUAAAGAGUAAUGGCCAUCAGAGUGAUGAAAAUCGCGGUUUUUCGAAGAAAUACGUAAAGAGAAAAACGUUUAUUUAAUUUUAUUUAAUAUUGAUUUAAAAUAUAAACUGCACUGUUAUAAAUUUGAAUAAUCUUUCUAAGAAAUUACAAACUCAUUAUCUCAACUUUGGCGGUUUAACCCUUCAUUAGGCGUGUUGUCUACAGGUGUAAUUUGAAAGUUACAUAUCAAAGAUGUAUCUUUAUAUAGUCAAUGAUACAUGAUAUUUUGUAAUAUAAUUUAUUUGCGUGUAUUUCCCAAAAAAUAUAAAUUUUAAUGAAUCAAGCGUGUCUGAAGUAAGAUAAAAACAUACACGUCUACUGAAAGAUUAAUUGACGUCUCGAAUUGGCGAUUUGCGUCUCGAGCUCAGUGUUGGGUAUUAAUCAAUUAAAAUUUUCUUUGACUAAGAUAAUCGAUCAGUCGUCAUAUAAUCAAGAAUUUGUGGAUUAUUUCAGAUAAAGAAAAUUUUCAUCGAUUAACAACACUGCCCAACACUGGCCGAAGUGCACUGUACACGGGUUCGCGUUUACCGCGCCUCCUCGUCGUGCACCUCCUCGUGUGGUCUCCGCACUAAGAAUGUAUCCCCUCGGGGAUAGCCUCGCGCGUCCACCCACUGAUGCUUGCAUACUCUCGAUGUCUCGGCUUUCAGACGGUUCUUACCCCAAAAGGAGCAAGCAACGGCACACGGGUUACCGACGUCUGCCUCCUAGAUGUUGUAAUUGGGUGAGAACCGCGGAAGUUCCGGGAAACCAUUAGCGCGCGCGAUUUGGAGUAGCUCCGAGUGUGCGCAUUGUGCAAAUACAAUCAACCAGUGACCUUCCUGGUCGCGCGAAGACUGCGAACAUUCGUGUGUGAUGCUUCGACGUGCAACUCCGGCGUGCCUGGAGAGAUUGAAAUCGCUCGCAACGUCCUCAAGUAACACUGCGAAACGAGAACUCUGACUCUCUGGAGAGAAACGCGAAGACGCGGAGCUCCAUGGCGAAAUAGAAGCGGAGAUCACUGGACCAAUCCAGAGCUAUGGAGCUAUCUGUUUGCCCCAUGAAACUCGGAGAAGCCGAGGAAAUGUCACCUGAGUGAACUCAUCACCGAGAGCGUUAUUCUAACGACGAUCCAGCGAGUGAUAACGCGAGAACUUUAGUUUGGCGGCGUGAUCGAGAGGAGAGAAAGAGAAAGACAGACAGAGACAGAAAGAGAUAGAUCCUCUGCUCUUCAUUCCGGCGAAGAUGGACGCCCUGGAGUUACAAGCUGCCUUGGUGAAGUUGGACCCGGCCACCACGGUGACGCCGAUUAGCGCCACCGUCAAACUGGUGACCCAACAUUGCGUCGCCUUCGCCGUCAACAUCGACGACGACGACGACGAGCUGACCAUGGAGAAUUCGACACGGGACGACGAGAAAUCGGCCGAGGCGACGGCCACGACGACAACGACUACCAUCACGUCGUCGGCGACGUCGCGGAAGACGCCGGGCAACUGCGUGGCCAGCCUGACGACCACGACGACCACCACAACGACGACCAGUCAUCAGAAUCACCAGGGCGGCCAGCAGCUGGGCGUCUCCAAGUGCGGCAUCGUCGAGGUCAGGUGACGCCAGCCACCCUGUUUUGGCGUCAACGUGAUCUACCACACGUACCCGCCGCAUCGGGGCAGCAAGCAUCACGCCAAGCAUCACGCCAAGGAGAAGAGGCAUCAUCAUCACACUAUGCACCAUCAGCAUCACAGAGCUCAU